AGGAGAUAAACGGGGCUGCUGCUCAUGGGGAUAAAGACAAGGUAAACUACUGCUCAGAAGGAAACUUUGGAUGAGGUCUCUUGCCUGCCACUCUCAAGCCCUGACACCCUGGGCAACUCUAACACAAAACCAAGGGUCAGCCAAGACAUAUGUGUCAAAAGAAGACAGACAUAGCCAUGGAGCAAGCUGAACAUAACCCAAAUGCUACUAUCAACCUCAACUUUGCUGCAAUCUACAAUCUCCACGAUGGGGAUUUAGUCUCCUUGCGAAACUUCUCCUUCCCUUUCAAUUUCAGUUACAGUGAUUAUGACCUGCCACUGGACAGUGAAGAAGACAUGACCAAGACUCGCACCUUCUUUGCAGCCAAGAUUGUGAUUGGGGUGGCUCUGGUCGGCAUCAUGCUGGUCUGCGGCAUCGGCAAUUUCAUUUUCAUUGCUGCUCUCGCCCGCUACAAGAAGCUGCGAAACCUCACCAACCUGCUGAUUGCCAACCUGGCCAUCUCAGAUUUCAUUGUGGCCAUCGUGUGCUGCCCCUUUGAGAUGGACUACUACGUUGUGCGGCAGCUGUCCUGGGAGCAUGGCCAUGUCCUCUGUGCCUCAGUCAACUACCUACGGACAGUCUCCCUCUAUGUUUCUACCAAUGCUCUCCUGGCUAUAGCUGUUGACAGGUAUCUGGCCAUUGUUCACCCACUGAAACCACGCAUGAAUUAUCAAACAGCAACCUUCCUAAUUGCCUUGGUCUGGAUUGUGUCCAUACUUGUAGCUAUCCCAUCUGCAUACUUUGCUACUGAAACAGUGUUAUUUAUAGUGAAAAACCAAGAGAAAAUUUUCUGUGGACAAAUUUGGCCAGUUGACCAGCAGAUGUACUACAAAUCAUACUUCCUCUUCAUCUUUGGCAUUGAAUUUGUUGCCCCUGUGAUUACGAUGACCUUGUGUUAUGCCAGGAUCUCUCGGGAGCUUUGGUUUAAAACUGUUCCAGGAUUUCAGACAGAGCAGAUCAGAAAGAGGCUUCGAUGCAGAAGAAAAACUGUCAUGGUACUAAUGUGCAUCCUGACUGCCUAUGUUCUCUGCUGGGCACCAUUCUAUGGUUUCACAAUUGUCCGUGACUUUUUCCCCACUAUCUUUGUGAAAGAGAAGCAUUAUCUUACUGCUUUCUACAUAGUUGAAUGCAUUGCUAUGAGCAACAGCAUGAUAAACACCAUGUGUUUUGUUACUGUGAAAAAUAACACCAUGAAGUAUUUCAAGAAGAUCAUGCUGCUCAGAUGGAGAUCAACAUAUAAUGGAAGCAAAUCUAGCACAGAUUUAGACCUGAGAACAAAUGCGAUGCCAGUCACAGAGGAGGUGGACUGCAUAAAACUGAAAUAAAUUUUAAGCAGUUCUAAUAACACGUAUUUUGGAGAGGGGGUAAAAAUGAUAUAAGGCUUCCUCAGAAGCUUCUCCCUUGUCUGGGAGAAUGCCCACCACGGUGAGGGCCCUUGGAAAGCAGCCUACAGUGCAUUUCCACCGGAACUCUUUUCCACUGGAUGGCUGUAUAAUCCCAUCACUCAGACUGGUGCUGUGCUUCAGUUCACCUAUCUGUAAAUCUGAGAUGAAGGCACUCAUUUUAGAGUUGUGUAAAAUCUAAGGUGAACAGAAACAUCUAUGAAUACAUUAAAGUAUUACAGUGAUGGAAGAGUUGAUUGCUGAUCCUAGCAAUGAGGCCUCUGUUUCUUCUUAAAAGAAACCUCUUAAUCCCUUAGAGUUUUCCUUCUGCUCACAAAAGGAAGGAUGGCGAAAAAGCCCAUUUUUCUUCAUAUCACUUUUUCCUCUGUUUACCCAUCAUGAUGAAGCUCCUUGAAGUCUACAGGCCACCAGCUUUCAUAUUGUCCUGUGUGCAGCAUGCUCUUACGAAAGUUACAUUCUUCACAAAGAUAAAUACUGCUUCACAGUCUAGUGAAAACCUCAAGUCUCUUCCUGCAACAACUUGUUUCAGAACAUUUUAUCAACAUUCCACUCUGUAGUUUUAUCUAAGUGUUACUCUGUUUACCAUGUAUUUGGAAAUGGCAUAAGUACAUAUUGAAGGGACCUGUUCCUUUCUCACCUUCAGGCAUCCUGUGGCCAUCUUCUGCUGCCCUGAGUCACUGAAUUCUUCACAGAAUCAGUCACAAAAUCAUAGAGGUGGGGAACAUCUCCACAUUGUCUAGUCCACCCCUAUACUCAAGCAGGGUCAGCUAGAACAGGUUUGUGUCCAGUCAGGCUUUGACUGACUCCAGGAACUGAGACUCCACAGCAUUCCUGGACCAUCUGUGCCAGUAUUCAACAGCCCUCACAGUACAAGAGUGUUCCUUAUGUUCAGAUAGCAUUUCAUGUGCUUCACCUAGUUUUCCAGUGGGACCCAUAUAAAAGUAUAGCAUGUUAGUGGGAAAACAUCCAACCCACUGAACCAGGCCUAGUCAUCUUACCCCACCUGUGCAUGUCUUCAAAUGUUGGCCUGCAAGUAAGGCCAAAAUAGCAUAGAGACUUUGAGACAACUGGUAUUUCUGCAAGCAAUGGAGACAGACUCUAGGCUUCAGUAAGCCAGGCACUGGUUGAGUUGAGUAGCUCAUUGUCUGGCCGAAUGUGAGGCAACAACUCAAGGUGAAUUCUGCAACGCCUCCUCUGGUCCUGCUUUACUAUUCUGAAUUUGUGCAGCUCCAGGAUGAGUGUUUCUUAACUAAUAAUCAUGACCAAUCAGGUGAUGGUAGCAGAAAUAGCUACUCAUUUAAACUACACAUAGGAUACCAUGGACUUUUGUGUAUUGAAAUAAAGUCUUUUUUAUUGUGAUGGCAAUGCUUCCUGUUUUAAAGUAUGUGGUACUGCCUAAUUUUGGAGUA